CGCUUCCUCUCGGCCCAGGCGCAUUUGGUUGGACGGGCUUGUUGCGGGGAGGGAGGGGGAAGAUUGUUUGCAGUAGAGGAGCUCAGCAUACGGGAAGGUAAACUGAGCUCCCCGGAGACCGGCACCCAGCAGCCUCGGUUCGGGCCCAGCCUUGUCUCUCCAGCUGCCGCCACAGCCUGGAGGCGCCUGCCUCCGCCCUCCCGAAUGGUGCUACUCCUCGCAGGCCUCGGCCUGGGAUCCAGACCCCCUUUGCCCCCUGCCUCGGAGCGGCUGCUCCGGGUCUCCCCCGGUGGACUACUCGUGGCGGGCAGGGAAGAACAUUUCCACAGACAAGGCUAUCGCUGCAGGAGCGCCUCCGACGCCUUGAAUCUCGGCCUCUAACCCGGUGUGGGGUUGUCCCUCUGUCCUCUCUUCCACCCGCCGAGAGGAGAAUCCCUUCUUCUUGCGGCCCAGAGCCCGGGAGGUCCCAAGCUGGGGCCCUGGUCCCAGCAUGUCAGUCCUCUCUUGUGCGUAGGGCUGUGCCCUCUCUCCGUUAGCAUGGCCGAAUUCAGGCCGGCGCCCAGGGGGCGGGAGACCCCGCAGGGGGAGCUUCGGGCCGAGGUGGUAGAGGAUGAAGCCCCGCGGAGCCCGGUCGCUGAGGAGCCCGGGAGAGGCGGCAGCCAGGGCAGCGAGGCCAAACUGUCUCCCAGGGAAGAGGAAGAGCUGGAUCCUCGGAUACAGGAAGAGCUAGAGCAUCUGAACCAGGCCAGCGAGGAGAUCAACCAGGUGGAGCUACAGCUGGAUGAGGCCAGGACCACCUAUCGGAGGAUCCUGCAGGAGUCAGCAAGGAAGCUCAACACGCAGGGCUCCCACUUGGGGAGCUGCAUCGAGAAGGCCCGGCCUUACUAUGAGGCUCGGCGGCUUGCUAAGGAGGCCCAGCAAGAGACCCAGAAGGCAGCGCUGCGGUACGAGCGGGCCGUGAGCAUGCACAAUGCUGCCCGGGAGAUGGUGUUUGUGGCUGAGCAGGGUGUCAUGGCUGACAAGAACCGGCUAGACCCCACCUGGCAGGAGAUGCUCAACCAUGCCACCUGCAAGGUGAAUGAAGCAGAGGAGGAGCGGCUUCGUGGUGAGCGGGAGCAUCAGCGGGUGACCCGGCUGUGCCAGCAGGCUGAAGCUCGGGUCCAGGCCCUGCAGAAGACGCUCCGGCGUGCCAUUGGCAAGAGCCGCCCCUACUUCGAGCUCAAGGCCCAGUUCAGCCAGAUUCUGGAGGAGCACAAGGCCAAGGUGACAGAGCUGGAACAGCAGGUGGCCCAGGCCAAGACUCGCUAUUCAGUUGCCCUGCGCAACCUGGAGCAGAUCAGCGAGCAGAUUCACGCACGGCGCCGGGGCCAGCCCCUGCAUGUCCCAGGCCAGCGGCGCUCCUCCCCUGUCGGGGCAGAGGCUGGGCCUGAUGGUGGGGAGGAUGGGGACAGUGGGAUCAUCGAGGGGGCUGAAGGCGGGGGCCUGGAGGAGGGCAGUAGCCUGGGUCCUGGGGCUGCCCCCGACACAGACACGCUUAGCCUGCUGAGCCUGCGCACGGUGGCUUCGGACCUGCAGAAAUGUGACUCUGUAGAGCACCUGCGGGGCCUCUCAGAUCACACCAGUCUGGACGGCCAGGAGCUGGGUACCCGGAGCGGGAGCCGUGGGGGCCGCCACCAGCGCAGCAUCAGCCUGUAGUCCAUGCUCAGGGUGGCUUGUCCUUUCACCACCACUGGCCCUCGUAGGGCUGGACAGGCCCCGUGCUCCCUCUCCUCAGGUCCUUGUUUCCCUUGGAGAGGUCAGGUUGGUCCUUGCCUCUGGUGGAUUUCUCCCCGUCCCUGCCCUCCCAGGUCCCUCCUCGCAGGUGGCAGCUCUCUUUGCCUUACCCUUUCAGAAGGCUUUUCUCUGGCUCUCACGUUUGCCCUCUCCUGCUAGCUCCUCAUGGUCUGAUGCCCUUUGCUGCCCUCUUUCUGCUUUCCUUCCAUCUGUCUGGCUUUCUCCUCAGGGAACUUGGUCUAGAAGGCACAGGGAAGUCCAUCGGAGAAGGUGGGUGUGGGACCCAGGUCCUGGCAUCUUGGCCCCUAGCUCGAGGAAAUAGGUGUUCCUUCCACCUCCCUAUCUUCCAAGAUCUAGGGAUGCUACAGAGCUCUUCUGGCAGACUUGUGCCCUUGGCCUCUGUCCCGGCCUGCCCAUAUGGAACCUGAAAUGUGCUGUAGGACUGUGUACGUCUGGAAGACACUACUGAUCCCUACAGUGCUCCCUCCUCAUGACCUAAGCCACUUUGCUAUGUGUGCCACAAAGCAGGACUUGAAGGGUACCAGCGUCAAGAGAAGGUGAAACCCAACCCCACUGUCAACACAGAGGACACCACCCGCUCCAGAUAGGCUCCCAUGUGCAUGGUGUUUUCCCCAGCUGGGCUGGGCCGUUAACAUUGCUAAGGUGCUAGUGGGUCUCUAACAAGGGUCCAUGUUGGCAGGUGAACAUGUAAUGAGGUCCUGAUGGUUGAAGCCCUUGCCAUUCCUGCUGCAGAGUUGGGUUUACUUUUUCUGGGUAGAGGAUGUUGAGCUGAAUCUCAGCACCCUCCUGCGGGGUAAUUGGUGCUCAGUUGCUCUCCCUCUCGCUCUCCCAAACCAAACAAUACCUACUCCAGGAUCCCUUAGGGAAGUGCUCAAGUUUGGCUGCACAGCCUUCUCUGUUGUAGGUAUGGGUUGCUCUGGGGUGAGGGAGCCCACCCUCCAUGGGGAGCAGCUCUGGGUGUUUGGUGGUGCUCCAGGCCCUAUGGUGGGGAAGGUGGGGAAGCCACGCUAGAUCUGGGUGCCUUGUGAGAACUGGUCCUUCCUCCUUUGCUACCCUAAGAGGUCUGAGAGCUGGACUCUGGGCAGGACAGCUUGCACCUAGGCCUUUGUGCUGCUGUUGUCACCUGGGAUGAGUGGGCUUUCAUAUGGAGGGUGUUUCCCUGUGCUAAGGUGGUCACUAUGAGAACCAUUGGUUUGAGGUGGCCAUGGGUGAAGGGAUGAAAGGGAGGGAGGACGUGGGCAUGCGUGUGUGCAUAUGCUGGGGGAGAGUGUGUGUGUGUGUGAGUGUGUGUGUGUGUGUGAGAGAGAGAGAAAAGGGUAUGCCCCUGAUUUUAUUUAAAUAAAAUAGUUUAUGUAUCAGUAAUGUUUGCUGUCCCUGUCAGGGGAGGGAGGAAGAGGGCAGAGUGUGUGUGUGGGGGGGCUUUUGAUGGGGGAAUCAGGGCAGGGGAGAUGCCUCCUCCUCCCACCUUUCAGGUGGUGAGGGGUCGGCAGUGUGGAGAGGACAUUGUUCUAGUGGUCCAGAAAAGACAAAGGUGCCAGUCCUGGAUGUGUCUGCAGUUGAGCAUGAAGGAAGGGGAGGGACAAAAGUAGGGUUGUAGGAGACUUAAAUUUCAGAUAGUUUUUGCCUCCUGCAGUGUUUAGGACAUAAUACUGUUUUUAUGUUGUCUAUCUAAAAUUUAAUGUAGAUGAGAGGUGACACUCAAAUCACGACUUGAUCUGUUGUGGGGUGCAAAGGAUUUGAGUGUGUUUGGACCCACAGCCUGUGAAAUAUCUAGUGGAAUCAGGUUGGGGUGGGAUGAGAACUUCGGGAGCCAUGGAUGUGUAGAGUGAAAGGUUUGGAUCAAGCACCCUCAGCCCCAGCCCCAGAGGUGCGCCUACAUUUCGAGCCAGGUGAGGAGGACAUCAUCCAAAGGGUGGAGAAGGCACUGCCAGGGAGGAGGGCAGGAGACCCACUGGAAACUUGAUGGGAAAUGGUUGUCUUGAAGACCCUUGAGGGGAAGAGUGAAGGGCAGAAGUUGAGAUGGAAGGGCAGAGCAGUGACCCUGGUGAUCUCAGGUGGCGGAUGGGCCAUCAGGAGCCACUGCAUUUUGAACAUGCACUGUUUACCCUUCGACAGGUACUGUCCAGGUGUGAGACUACCUUUCCCAACCUGGACUUUUUUUUUUUUUU